AUGGAUCAGGAACCUGCAGCUGCUUCCGAUCCCGAUCCCGAUCCCAACGUGGUGGUGGAUGCCAAUGGCUUCCGCUUCCGCCGGGUGGUGACCCGCGUCGAGAUGGUCGUGGAAGGCCGGGCGUACGAAGUGGAGACGACUGACUACGAGGAGCUCAGCGACGAGGAGUACUGCCGGAGGAUGUACGCGCUCUUGAGCGACUACCGUGACUCGCUUCGUCGUGAACAACAAGGAGAAGUAGAGGUAGAAGACGACGCUUGCAGCCGCCGCGGCUGCAAGCGCGCUCGCCUCGCCGCCUCCGGCGACGCCGUCCGGGGCCUGCCGGAGGUCAGGAGGGCCGGCGGCGCGGCCGGGGUCCCGCCGGCCGAGUGCGCCGUCUGCCUGCAGCAGUUCGGAGCCGAGGACACGCUCAGGGCCAUGCCCUGCGCCCACGCCUUCCAUCAGGACUGCAUCUUGAGAUGGCUCCGGGUCAACCAUGUCUGCCCUCUCUGUCGCCACGCACUGCCCACGCAGCAAGAUGAAGAGGAAGAGGAAGAUGACGACUCCGAGGAUGACGAUGACUCCGACGAUGACGAUGACGACGAAGACGACUAG